UUGCCACUAUAAUAAACAAAAAGUAUAAUAUUAUGAGUAUUAUACUAUUAUAGUAUUUGGGCAUUAAUAUUAAUAAUAUAAAAUUAUUACUUCUCCAAUUUUGAUGAAUUAUGUAUGUGCGUUUUUGACCGUUUCAAUGUUAUUCUCUAUUGAAAGAAAUCAUUUCGAUUUUUGACAAAGUUGUUAGGUAUUGAUUAGUUUUAAGUUGAUUAAGAAGUUUGUUUCUUUGAAGAAAUCAAAAUGAAUAUAUUGCCAAAAAAGAGGUGGCAUGUACGAACUAAAGAUAACAUUGCGCGAGUUAGGCGUGAUGAAGCACAAGCAGCUGAAGAAGAGAAGAAACUUAAGAUGAGGAUACAGCUAGCUGAACAAGAAACUAAACUUUCAUUGCUGAGAAAUAAGUCAAAACAAAGAUAUGAUGACUCUGUAGAUCGACCCGAAGAAACUAAAUCAGAAGUGUUAACUCAUGUUAACUUUUUUCAAGACCUUGAAGACGGACAUGUUGCCCAUACAGGUGUUAACAAAGAACAUGAACAGGAAAAAAAGGAAGAAAAAGAAGCAUAUGAAAAAAAAGUUGGUUAUCUUACUUAUUUAGGACAGGACACAGAUGAGGUGACUGGUAAUAUACAAUGGUAUAAUAAGAAACCAAAACGAUUAGACUUGUGUAAAACCGAUAAAGAAAUUGAAACUAAAGUUAAAACAUUUAAUGAUCCUCUUAUUGUUAUGAAAAAAUAUGUUGAAACAGAUCAAAAGAGUAGUGAACAUUCAAAGGCAUUAGUUAAGAAAAAUGAUGAAUCACCAAUAAAAAAACACAAGAAAAAACAUAAAAAAAAACAUAGAAAAAAAGAGAAAGUUAAUGAUAAAAACGAAAAAAAAAUAAUUUUGGAAAAACUUAGAGAAAAAAGAUUAAAGAGAGAAAGGGAAGAGAGGUUUAGAGCUAGUCAAUUAUUAGCAAGAAUGAAUGGAGUCAUACCUGUCGAAGUUCCAAAACUACAACCAAAACCAACUAUUGUUCAAAAGUAUAAUUCUCAGUUUAAUCCAUACUUAGCGAAGCAAAAUUAUCCUACGACUUAGUAUGUUUAAAUUAAUAAACAAAUAAUUAAAAAAACUGUUUUAUGUGUUUAAUGAAUCUAUUAAAUGUUUAAAUAUUUAAUUGUUGUAUAGAAUAAAAUGUUAAAAAAAUAUAUAAUAA